UUUUUUUUUUAAAAAAAAAAAAAAAAAAAUAUGCCUCGGGCUGACAGAAUGAAACGCUGGGAUUAUACGGAACUAGUUAAGGUUCUUAAAUUCCUUAAUAAUAAUUUUAAUAAAUGGUUUGAAAACCAUAUGGAGGCUUGCACUGCAGCGUCUAAAAAUACAAAUAUCGAUCGAGAUGCUUCGUCAAUAUAUAGUAAAGUUCAUACUUUAAUAAAAGAUAUGGAAAAUUCUAUUGAAGCGGAUAGAUCACCUACUUGUAAUAUUCUUAGAGAAAGCAAAAAAAUAAGCAAAUUAGUAAGAAAAAUUUGUAUCAAAACUAGAGAAAGAACAGAAAGAACUCAAAUAAAAGAAAGUCAAGAAAAGAAAAUAAACCGUAAAAGUGGUGGUGACUUUAAAGUUAAUAUAGAAACUAAUCAAGUAACAACAGUAGGUGAGACAUCUACAAAUCAAAUGAAUCAAAUGGGUAGUUUUCAGAUGCCUAUAGUAAUUGAAGAGGUUAAAACUCUAUGUAACGAAAGAAUACAAGGAAUUGAAACAAAACGAAAAGAAGAUAUUGAAAAAAUUUCCCAAAUCCAAUCCGAAAUGAUUGAAACACUUAUGGACGCCAAUAAUAAGAUCAAUAAUAAAUGUGAAGAACUAAAACAAUAUCAGUGAUUGAUUGGAUAGAGUGAUGUAGAUAUUCUUGAGAUUAGCAUUAGAAAUUUUUUUUUUUUAUGGAUAUAUUCUCAUCGGUAAAAAAAAUUACUGAAAUUACUGUUUUUAUAUAUAAAAUAAAAUUUAUAAUUCGCAAUUUAAAUUCGGGAUAAACCGAUUUUGACUCAUACCGAUUUUUUUUCCCCACGUAUAUAAUUAAUUUCUAUAUACCGAUUUUAUUAUAAAUUUCGCGAUAUAGCUAUACCGACGUUAAGCUGUAAACCAGUUACAUUGUAUUAUUCACGAUAAGCCGAUACCGAUUUUUUUUUCUACAUACCGAUAGGACCCAGAAAUAUAUAUAUAGGG